CGCCAAUCGACAGUACCGAAAGGAGGGAUAUGUAUACGAGAGGACCGAAGGACUAGCGGAACGAGCCAGCCGAGUUCAAGCAAUCUCUUCGCCUACGCCCAUCUAGGAUACUGUUCGAUUGAAAAUGGGGUCCCAUGCUGCGGCCAUCUUUUACAAGAGCCUCAAGGAGCCAGAAUGGAUGCCAGAGUGCUAGGGCUGCUUCAUAGAUGUUCAGAAUACGCUCUGCCCUCCAGUAGAGGCAUUUUGAAGCAGGACUGAAAGCAAGUCAAAGAAAAAGACGUCGGCCGAAGGCGCCGAUACACUUUGCACCUUACUCCACACCACCAUGACCGCUACGAUGGCUUUGCGAACAUUACGUUUUUCGUCUGCCCGACGAAAGUUGGCGUGACUCCUGGGUAUCGACAUCCUACAGAUGAGGUUACAGUGACGCCGGAGGAUGAAAGAGGGCCUGUGAGAGUUCCACUCUCACCUAGCCAAUGUGCAAAUUCUCUAGGGACUACCGUCUGCGAACCCUGUCCCCUCUGCUCCGGCGUAUCCCGAUCACAAACGCGGAUCCACGCCUCAAUUGUCCCGCGGAUGCUCCUAUCCUUAGACCCGCAUCCUGUCUCUCUCCGUCAUGCUCUCCGUCUCCUUGUCAUCGUCUACCUCCCUUGCUUCUGGACUUGUGUCGCUAUCAACACCAGCCUCUUCGGCUCAGCUGAAUCAGUUAUCUCCAAGUCCAGGGACUUUCUGCGCUGUCUCGGAUGCAGGUCAUACGCCGUUGGCGUCGGGUGUCGAUCUGCGGUUUCCCCUCACGACAUCCGCUUCCUUGGAAGAAGUCCUCUCCCUCUUGGCCCAUCGGACGGACAUUGGUAGUGCUGAUGUUGGAGACGAGGGGAGAGACUCUAUCGGUUCCCAGAACGGAGAUCGCCUCGGGCUAGGUCUGGGCCUGCCCAUACGCUCGGAAACGACGUCGCUGUGGACCACCAUCUCCGACUUCCUACAUCUGUCUUACAGCGUUCUCUUCGAGUUUGAAGAUCCGCCAUACUUCGGGCCGGAUGGGGUGGAACCUAUUCCACCUGCGCUUAAGGGACAGGCCGAUUCGCUUCCAUAUGUUAUCACGGUCCUCGGGCCUUCUCCAGAGAUUCUCGACGGGGAGUUGCAUCUGACGAGACGGGCACACGAGCUUGGCCUCCCGCCCAUCUUGGACUCUCGCGCUGAAACCCGUUCCCUUCCGAUACCGCCUCUCAUGCGUCGUUUAAUUCUCUGCCUCCCGGAGUUCCUACGUGGCACGCAGCGCCCCCACGUCCAGUUCGCGCAGCUGCCGGCGCCUCCUGGCCGCUCGCCGGCCCUCCGCCGAUCAUUCUUCCAGUGCUCAGACCACCGCGCGGACGAGCAUCUGCGCCGCUUCAAUCGCGGCGGGGACGUCACGCGCUGGGACCGGCGCCGCCGCGAAUCCAUCGCGCACGAGCGCAGCAUCUCGCACGAUCUCGUCCGGCUCGCCCCGACGUGGGCGCAGAUCGAGGAGUUGUGUCAGAUCGAGGAUGAGAGGAGGAUGAGGUUGCGGCCGCGGUUCACGUAUGCGGGGAUGCCGGUGGAGGUCGUGCGCAGGAGCUGGUUUGCGGACGUUCCGCCGGAGGUUAGGCGGCGGAGAAGAGUUGAGGUCUUGCAGAGGGAAGAGCGAAUGGCAGUGAAGGAGAGGAGUCAUCGUGUGCGGCUGGCGGCAUAUGAGGAGAGCUUGGAAAUUGGGACUGGGAUCUUCGAAUGUGAUGAAUGAUUCGCCCUUGGUUUUUUCGUGUGAUGGAUCUUCUUAAGAGGCUGAGAGGGACACUGGGCGAUGUGCUCAGAAUCUGACAGUCGUUCUUCAUCGGCUCUGCUGGUCGGUGGGAACUGUGUCGGGGAUAUAAUGUAGGGCAUAAUGCUCACUUUGCCCCUCCACCUUGGGUUUGUGAGCUGUUCAGGGCCCAAGUCCCCAUGCGUCCAUGAAGAUUCGUUCACGAUUCAUCGUUCUCUACUCUCGGAAGAUCUUGCCUGGACUGCAGAUGCCCACUCCAUCUUCUGAUAUUCACUGAUCAUCCGACAGACUGGCCAGCUCUACCCACAUGCAAGCCAAGUCCUGGUUUUCUUCACUGAACUUCUGCUGUCCGGGCUCUUCUCAUCAAGUCACUGUGUUCGUCGAACAAGGUUUCGCUCGCCGUGGACUGGAGAUCGAUCGUUCUUAGAUGCGGCAUGUGCAGCCCCAAGUUGGGUUGCGGGGAGCCGUACAGCUGUCGCAGGGAACUGCUCUUUCCCCAUCCAACGCGCCGACACAGAAGAUGUGGAUAUCGAGCAGAAGUGAUGAUUCAGAAGCCGCCAGCCUGGGAGUCCUCACUCCUUUGCCGGAGUGGACAGAUUUGCAUCGACAGAUCGAUUCAUGUCCCCCGCGCACAGUGCGCCUGGCAGGAGAAUAAGAUAUGCUGUCAAGCGGGAGAGAGAUACGUGCUGUCUGUCGGGCGCGUUGUUCCCUGCGAACAGUGGUGGAGCCCAACGCGCCAAGUGACUCGCAUGCUCGUCAUGCGUCCAAAGACGCCACACCAUGAGACGCCUCGUCGUGCU